AAAAAUAAUUAAUGUCUUUAGCUUCGGAUGCUUUUUCAAGAAGCAUGGUAUUGACCACAAUACCUUUAGAAGAAUUAAAGUUCGUUUAUUCAGUACCAUAGAUAGUGGAUCCUGAUUCGAUCACAUGUAUAGUUGAUGCAAGUAUGAUUAAAUUUAGAUUUCAAUUAGCUCAUGAAGAAGGAGGAAUAUAUGUAGGAGGAUAUGAGGGAGCAAAGGAUUUAGAGAUGCUUAAGAGAUUAAAAAUAAGAGCAGUGUUAACAGCAAGUUAGGAAACAGCAGUUUAAUAUAGUGAUUUGGUUGUUUAAUUUCAUCAUGUCGUAUAAGCACACGAUAAAGAUGAUUAUAAUAUAUUGUAAUUUGCAGAUUAAACAUUUGACUUUAUAGAGAGACAUCGAAAACAUACAAAUAUAUUGGUUCAUUGUUUUUUAGGAAUCAGUAGAUCUCCAACAAUAGUCGUAGCUUAUUUGAUGAGAAAAUAUAAUUUAAAUAUGGAAAAAGCAUUGUGGAAAUUGAAAUCUAAAAGAAGAUAGGUGAAUCCAAAUACAGGGUUUUUGAAAUAACUACUGAAUUAUGAGAAAUUGCUAUAAUAACAAUAAUAAUAACAAUAACAACAAUAGCAAUAAUUUUAACAAUAAUAAGGAAAACCAAAAAGCAUUUUUAAGAUGGUGAGAUAAUAAGCAAUACCACAGACUUAGAUGUUGCCUCAAAGUCGAAUUUUACCAAUGGAUAGCAGAGUAAUAAUUUAGAAGUAGCCUUCCUCAUAUAUAGGGUCGACUUAUUAUAAAUGAAAUAUAUAUAUAUAUAUUUAUAUCAAUA